AUGAAGUCAGCCCUAGAUGGCCUCGCAGAUACGACCUUCAGAACAAUUACGACAGAUCUUCUAUACAUGGGUUCUAGCGAUAUCCAGUACGAAGAUUUCAAAAGUGACAUGGCUUCCAAGUUAGGAUACUACCCACAGAAAUUCCCUCUGUCUUCUUUCCGAGGCGAUUUCAGACCAAAAAUGACUGCAGGAGAAGAUGCCAUCCUGGGUGGACCCCCACAGGAUCAGAUCAACCUUACAGAUUUUUACAACAAGACCUUAACCACCUUCAGGGAUAAUGAGGAUAAUAUACAAUGUGGGGAUAACUUCAUGGAUAUGGAGUGCUUUAUGAUUCUGAACCCUAGCCAGCAGUUGGCCAUUGCAGUACUGUCCCUUACUCUGGGCACCUUCACUGUUCUGGAAAACCUUCUGGUCUUGAUUGUCAUCCUGCAGUCCCGAAGCCUUCGCUGCAGGCCUUCCUACCAUUUCAUCAGCAGCCUUGCCGUAGCUGAUCUCCUGGGCAGUGUAAUCUUCGUCUACAGUUUUGUUGACUUCCAUGUUUUCCAUCGGAAAGACAGCCCUAAUGUGUUCCUGUUCAAACUGGGUGGAGUUACAGCCUCGUUCACUGCCUCGGUGGGCAGCCUUUUCCUCACCGCAAUAGACAGGUAUAUAUCUAUACACAGGCCCUUAUCUUAUAAGAGAAUUGUCACCAGAUCAAAGGCUGUUGUAGCAUUCUGUGUGAUGUGGACCAUAGCUAUUGUAAUAGCUGUCCUCCCUCUGCUUGGCUGGAACUGCAAAAUGCUCAAUUCUGUUUGUUCAGAUAUAUUUCCUCUAAUAGACGAGAACUAUCUGUUGUUCUGGAUUGGAGUCACCACUGUACUCUUGCUUUUUAUUGUGUAUGCCUAUAUGUACAUACUGUGGAAGGCUCAUGGUCAUGCUGUUAGAAUGAUCCAGCGCGGCACUCAGAAGAGCAUAAUAAUACAUACUUCAGAGGAUGGUAAAGUGCAUCAGAUUACGAGGCCAGAACAAACACGUAUGGACAUUAGGUUGGCCAAAACCUUGGUCCUCAUUCUUGUGGUUUUGAUCAUCUGCUGGGGUCCUCUACUUGCAAUUAUGCUCUAUGAUGUCUUUGGGAAGAUGAACAAGCUCGUGAAGACUAUCUUUGCCUUCUGCAGCAUGCUCUGCCUGCUGAAUUCCACAGUGAAUCCCAUCAUCUAUGCUCUCAGGAGCAAGGACCUGAGACAUGCUUUCAGGAGCAUGUUUCCACCUUGCAAUGGGACUGCACAGCCUCUUGAUAACAGCUUGGAGUCUGACUGCCAGCACAGACAUGCUAACAACCCAGGUAAUGUCCACAAGGCUGCUGAAAAGUGUAUUAAAAACACAGUUAAGAUUGCCAAAGUGACCAUGUCUGUCUCCUCAGACACAACUGCAGAGGCGCUGUAAAACAAAGACCUCUCGACACCAUAAGAGAACAGAUUAAGAGAAAGCAAGAGAAAUUCAUGGCUUGUUUCCUCCAAUGUAACCAUUUUUUUUAAGUUUAUCAUUUCUAAGUGACUGUUUUUAUGAG